UUCUCUGGUUUUUCCUUCAUUUUCUUUCUUUGAAUCCCCAACAUUAGAAAGAAAGACAAAAGAAAGAUUGGUAAAGAUGGGGAAAGAGAAGAAGGUCAUGGCGGGGAAUAACGAGCAAAACGACGACGCAGGGAGUUACAACUACAAAAUGUUCAAGUGCUUCAACAGGAAGUUCAAGAUCAACGAGUUGGAGCCUACGGCGGAAGUCAAGGAGGCGUUCCAGCGGUUCGCGGAAGGCGAGACCCACAUGACGGCAGAUCAGUUCCGUCGGUUCCUGGCGGUGCACCAGCAGGAAAUGGACCGCACCAUAGCUGAUUCCCAACAUCUCCUCGAACUCGUUAUCCACCGUCGACACCACAUCACGCGCUACACGCGCCACUCCCUCGACCUCCUCGAUUUUUUCUACUUCCUAUUCUCGGAAGACCUCAAUGGCCCCAUCUCUUCUCAGGUACACCAUGAUAUGAGUGCUCCAUUGUCACAUUAUUUCAUAUAUACAGGGCACAAUUCCUACUUAACUGGCAAUCAACUCAGCAGUGAUUGCAGUGAAGUCCCUAUUAUAAAAGCCUUGCAAAGAGGUGUUAGAGUCAUUGAGCUUGAUCUAUGGCCCAAUUCCACCAAAGAUGAUGUUCACGUUCUCCAUGGAAGGACACUAACUAGUCCUGUGCCUCUUAUCAAAUGCUUCAAGUCCAUAAGAGACUAUGCCUUUGUUACUUCUCCAUAUCCAGUCAUUAUAACUCUAGAGGAUCACUUAACACCAGAUCUUCAGGCCAAAGUUGCAGAGGUCACCAAACGUUUUGGUAAAAUGCUUUACUACCCUGAAUCAGAUUCUUUUAAGCAGUUUCCUUCACCAGAAUCACUCAAACAUCAAAUAAUCAUCUCCACAAAACCACCAAAAGAGUACCUUGAAUCCAGGCACAUUAUCAAGAGAAGAGAUAAUUCAUCACCGGAUGGACGUGACUCGUCUGAUGAAGAAGGAACUUCAGGGAUGGAGACAUCAGAUAAUAUGCCUGAGAUAGGGGAGGCUGAUGACAAACUUACUGACAGUGAUCAAGAUGAUGAAGAUCCUGUUAGUGAAAGUGAUCGAAAACCAGGAGCUCCAACAUACAAACAUUUGAUCACAAUCCAUGCCGGUAAACCGAAGGGACUAUUGAAGGAUUCUCUGGAAGUUGCAGCCGAUAAAGUUAGACGCCUUAGUUUGAGUGAACAGUUGCUUGAAAAGGCUGCUGCGUCUCAUGGAACUGAUGUUGUGAGGUUUACACAGAAGAAUCUCCUUAGGAUAUACCCUAAAGGAACUCGAGUUAACUCCUCGAAUUACAAGCCGCUUAUUGGGUGGAUGCAUGGUGCUCAGAUGAUUGCAUUCAACAUGCAGGGGUAUGGAAAAUCACUGUGGUUAAUGCAAGGAAUGUUUAGAGCAAAUGGAGGAUGUGGGUAUGUCAAGAAACCUGAUUUUCUAAUGGAGAAAGGUCCUCAAAAUGAGGUUUUUGACCCAAAAAGGAAGUUACCAGUAAAGAGUACCCUAAAGGUGAAAGUAUAUAUGGGUGAUGGAUGGCGCUUGGAUUUCAGCCACACACACUUUGACGCUUAUUCACCACCAGACUUCUACACAAAGGUCAUCAUUGUUGGGGUGCCUGUUGAUGAUGCAAACAAGAAAACAUAGAUAAUUGAGGAUAACUGGUAUCCAGUUUGGGAUGAAGAGUUCACAUUUCCUUUGACAGUUCCGGAACUAGCUCUGCUUCGGAUCGAAGUACAAGAGUAUGAUAUGUCCGAGAAGGAUGAUUUCGGCGGACAGACAUGCUUGCCUGUCUAGGAGCUCAGACAUGGGAUCCGAGCAGUGCCUUUUCAUGAUAAAAAGGGUGAGAAACUCAAAUCUGUAAGGCUUAUAAUGCGGUUUGAGUUUGUGCAAUAA